UAUACGUAGACGAACAACGUUUCUCAGAGUGGUAGUAGUGAGGGCCCGUUUAGUCGUGUUUUGUCCGUCGACGAAGAAUAUACGAAGCGAGAAGAACAUACAAUGUGGAUAAUCACAAUUGUUGUGCUCGUUGGAGUAGGUUGUUUUUUCUAUUAUAAAAAUUCCAAAACCAAGAACAUACCGAAUCUGCCAGAAAUAUUUUGGGGCCCGGAAGAGAACAGAGAUGCGUCGAAAGAAAUACGACCCUUUGUAAUUGACGUACCUGGAUCAAUAAUCGACGAUCUGAACGAACGGCUUGCGAAAAGGAUAAAGCUGGUAUCGUCGUUCGAAAACACCGCGUGGACCUACGGCACUAACACAAAUAGUUUGGAGAAGGUUCUUGAAUAUUGGCACAAGAAAUACAAUUGGACCGAACGACAGACGCUGCUCAACAAGUAUCCUCAGUACAUAACAAAUGUGCAAGGUUUGGACAUACACUUUUACCACAUAAAACCGCAUAUUUCGACAGAGCAAAAAAACAUAAAGGUACUUCCGUUGUUGCUGCUUCACGGUUGGCCGGGUUCCGUGGUGGAGUUUCAAAAAAUAUUUCCCUUGCUAACGUCACCGCACCCGGAUAAGGACUUCGUAUUCGAAGUAAUCGCGCCAUCGCUUCCGGGAUAUGCUUUCUCGCAAGCAGCUGUACGACCGGGAUUGAGUCCGGCACAAAUGUCUGUGAUAUUCAAAAAUCUCAUGUUGCGUCUCGGAUUUGACAAGUUCUACGCGCAAGGUGGAGAUUGGGGUUCCGUUAUUGUCAAGCAUUUAGCCGAGCUUUUCCCGAACAAUAUUCUCGGAAUUCAUGUGAACAUGUGUAUGAAUUUUAGCAAGUCUAAUGUACUUUUGAGAUUAAUCGGCGCUUUUAUUCCAUCGCUCAUAGUCGAGAAGGAACACUACAACUUGAUGUAUCCCUUAAAAAAGCACCUAAGUUUCUUGCUUAAGGAAUCGGGAUAUUUUCACAUACAAGCCACCAAGCCAGACACCAUAGGCACUGCCGUGGCAGCUUCGCCAGUAGGAUUGGCGGCGUAUAUCAUAGAAAAAUUUAGCACCGGAACGAACGGGAAGUACAAAUUUCGUGCAGACGGCGGUCUGCUCGAGAAAUAUACCAUGGACGAGCUUUUGGAUAACAUCAUGCUCUAUUGGAUUACUAAUUCGUUCACGACAAGCGUUCGAAUCUACUCCGAAUUCUUUGGUAACGUGACCUUGAGACUUAUGAAUCUACCAGUUACUGUGCCAAUGGGAUACGCAGUAUUUCCUCACGAGAUAUCUUACGAACCGAGGAGCCUUCUUCGCCACAAAUUCACUAAUUUGGUACACCUUAAUUAUAUGCCACGUGGUGGUCAUUUCGCUGCGUUUGAAGAACCAGUUCUCUUAACGAAAGAUGUUUUUGAGUUCGUAUCCACCGUUGAGAAAAUUAGAAAAAAAAUCGAGAAUAAUGAAAUGUAAAAUAAAAACAAAUUUAAUAUAAGUUCAAUUGUUAGUAAAGAUAAUAUUGUAUUCUUCAUUUUACUGUUUAAUUAUACAUGUUGAUGUUUGAUCAAUGUUUGAGUUAUGUCAAAAUAUUUACGUGUAUAAAAUAAAUCUUUAACUUUUUCUGUGCUAUAGUCGACUUUGAUCGACGGCCGCCGAAUAUGUCUCUACGGCCGAUACAUAGAGAUUAAAGGUCAUCAUACAUAAAAUUAAAUGAAAUUAUCAGAUGUAGCCGACAAGAUAUCGACCAAUCAGAAUAUAUGCGUUGUACCGAAAAGAUUUGUAAUGCUUUUUUGAAUGCUCGGCUGAUUUGUGUUAAUUUAUCUUAUGUUGAUAUAUAUUUUAAUUUAUAUGGAACAUAUAAUAUCUAACAUAUAAUAUCUAGACAUAUAUA